UGUCUCUGCUUUUUAUUCGUUUCCAUAGAGAGUCCUCACAAGCUACUAAAAAAAUAGCGUUGUUUACUCAAAAAAAGGAAAAAAGAAAAGAAGAAGUAAACAAGUUGGUAACGAAGAGACGAAGACGACGAACGAUUUCAGUUCCUUGCAGCAUCAACAAGAAUGCAUCGACUUCAUCAUCAGUUCCUUGAAGCCUUCUUCCUCGUCUUUCUUCUCUUCUCUUCGAUUGCUUCAGCAGCUAUUGUCGAACAUCUUUUACACGUAAAAAAUGUCGUAGUGAAACCAUUAUGCAAGGAGCAACUGAUACCGUCUGUUAACGGAAGUCUUCCGGGUCCAACAAUAAACGUUAGAGAAGGCGACACUCUUGUGGUUCAUGUCAUUAACAACUCAACUUACAAUAUAACCAUCCACUGGCAUGGAGUUUUUCAGCUGAAGAGCUCAUGGAUGGACGGUGCGAAUAUGAUAACUCAAUGUCCCAUUCAACCAAAUAACGACUUCACGUAUCGAUUCGAUGUGACUGGGCAAGAAGGUACAUUGUUAUGGCAUGCACACGUCGUUAAUCUACGUGCCACUCUUCACGGGGCUCUCAUCAUCCGUCCCCGAUCCAAUCUUCCUUACCCUUUUCCCAAACCCUACAAGGAAGUUCCUCUCAUUUUUGAGCAAUGGUGGGACAUAGAUGUUGGACUUCUCAAUUUACGGCCGGCUCCGGUUUCUGAUGCUAUGCUCAUAAAUGGAAUUGCCGGAGAUUCAUACCCUUGCUCUAAGAAUAGGAUGUUUAAUCUCAAUGUAGUCCAAAGAAAAACAUACUUGCUAAGGAUUAUUAACGCGGCGCUCAACACUCACCUCUUCUUCAAAAUAGCAAAUCACAAUGUCACAGUGGUCGCUGUAGAUGCUGUCUACACAACGCCUUACUUCACAGAUGUGAUGAUCUUAACGCCUGGACAAACCGUUGACGCACUUCUCACCGCUGACCAGCCCAUCGGAAUGUAUUACAUGGCCAUCAUCCCUUACAUUAGUGCCAACGGGCAACCAACCCCUGAAAUCAAGCCCACGAGAGGCUUAAUCGUCUAUGAAGGUGCUACGUCAUCGACUCCAACAAAGCCAUUGAUGCCUGCGUCGGAUGACAUAUCCACCGCUCACAGAUUCUCCUCGAACAUCACUAGCCUUGUGAGUGGACCUCACUGGACGCCAGUGCCUCGCCACGUGGACGAGAAAAUGUUCAUAACGAUGGGACUUGGCUUAGAUCCAUGUCCUCUGAACACCAAGUGUAUUGGAGAGUUAGGUCAAAGGUAUGCAGGAUCUCUCAACAACCAUACUUUUGUGUUGCCCGCGAGUAUCUCAUUACAAGAAGCUUAUUUUUACAAUAUUACUGGAGUAUACACCAACGACUUUCCAGACCAACCGCCGAUCAAAUUUGAUUACGUAAAUUUCCAACAGCUAACAAGUUAUGACUACAAAAUGAUGUUUCCGGAGAGAAAGACUAGUGUCAAGGUAAUUAGAUUUAAUUCCACAGUCGAGAUCGUUUUGCAAAACACAGGGAUAAUCACCACGGAGAGCCACCCCAUGCACCUUCACGGCUUCAAUUUCUAUGUGUUGGGUUAUGGGUUUGGUAACUACGAUCAUGUCCGUGAUGCAAGAAAGCUAAACCUAUUUAACCCGCAAAUGCACAAUACUGUCGGUGUACCACCUGCUGGAUGGGUAGUCAUCAGAUUUAUCGCUGAUAAUCCUGGUGUAUGGAUGUUCCAUUGUCACAUGGACGCACAUUUGCCAUACGGGAUUAUAAUGGCUUUCAUUGUUCAAAAUGGGCCAACACCAGAGACGAGCUUGCCAUCUCCACCGUCGAAUCUUCCGCAAUGCACUAGGGAUCCGACGAUCUAUGACUCUCGGACAACUGACGUUGAUUUGUCUUACUAAAAGUAGCUUAUUGUUCGUUUUAUGCAAGAACAUACAAACAAAACAACUACACUAAUCGAUAUGUCAGAGUCGGACAAAGGACUCGAAGCUCUUGCUUACUUGUGGAUUGAUCAGUCUCUUACACUUCAGGUCCCAGGAAACUUGAAUACACCACUCAGCCGACUCUUUCUCA